ACCAGUCGACAACGACCGGCCGACGCGCGAACACGUAUCACCACGAUCCGGCACUUUCCUACCAACCACGACCAAUUUCGCGAACGAUUUUUCGACAUAGUUUCUUUAGUUUUCCAGCUAAUUGUGCUACUAGUGUUAUCGUGCAGUGUUAUUGCAGGCUCGCCGUUGCUAAGGUAUAAAUCAACUCGAUUUCAACAGUGACAACCAAGACUACACACGACAUACAAAUCAGAUACAUAAUUGAGAAUUUUCUAAGCAAAAAGGAGAUGACGUUGUGAACGAAACAAAAGAAAAUUAAAUUCGCGCGAUCCAAUUUCGAAUUCGACAUGUCCUAACCGACGAUUCCUUUUUUAAAUUUGUAAUUGGAAUAUGGAUUCGUGGAGAACUGGCCAGUGAUUGUAUAGUGUUGGUUGUGUGUGAUUUGUGUUUGAACUAGUGUGGUAUAAUAAACAAAAUGGAAGCCAUGGAACGGAGAGGAAAGUUGGCGGCGAUCGCUGCUAUCAUGUUCAUCGUGUUUUGGUCGCAAUGUCGAGGAGUGGAAGGCCAGAGGAACAACACGAAGAUGUCGUACGUGUGUCCGCCGCAGUUCAUCAGGCUGGGCCACAGCUGCUACUACUUCAGUGAGAACAAGGCCACGUGGCAGGCUGCACUCUUCGCAUGCACGGACCGAGGCAGUAACUUGACGGUGCCAGCGCGUUGGGAAGACAGGAAUCUUCGCAAAUACCUGAACAAACCUGACGUUGUAAAAGAAAGUAGGUGGAUAGGAGGUAUCUACGACUACGGAGCCAGGUCCUGGCGGUGGGGAGGAGACCUGCGCAAGAUGCACUACCAGUCCUUCUCCAAGAUGAAGAAGAUGACCCCUGAGGAACUCAAGUGGCACUGCAUCGCUAUGAUGCCGGACCUGCUUUACAGGUGGUCACCUCGCAACUGCGUCGAAACUCGUCACUACAUCUGCCAAACUAAACUGCAAAAGGUGCCAAAGGCCAAAGUGAAGGACCUGCGCCGCCGCUGGCAACGAAUGGGACAGAUCAACGAAAUCACUGCACCAAGCGUCAGCAGGGAGGUCAAUGACCCCAUGAUGGUGAAUGACGUCACUGUGAACCCUGUACACCAUCCGAAGUCGUACGAUCUGCGUCCCAACCCCUAUCCUAGGGGUAAGAACCGACAUGGCACCAGGAUGAACUCUAGUCCUACCUCCAAGUACGAUUUGAGACCCAAUGAGCUGAAGAAGCGAUCGAGGCCCAUCGUCCACCGAAGGCUCAAGAGACCGUUCCCAGGUUACACAUGGAAUCGCCGCGACCCUGAAGGCUCGUACCAACGUAACGCUGAGCUGCUCCGCUCCGGCCGCACCGGGCUCACUCCGCAGCAGGUGAACGCUCACCUCGCCAGGCUGCGACACCUGCGCGACAAGCAAGUCGCUCGGCGCAAGCGACUGCGCGACGACGACUGGCUGGUGAACGAGCCCAGGCAGGCUCUCGCGCAGACCCACGCCAGGACCUACACGGUCGACAACAACAUCAGCGCCCUGCAUCCCAAGACCAUCGUCGAAGAAUUCAACAUGGAGUUCCCGCACCACCCCGCUGGCCCACCAAAAUCGAACCGCAACACCGGCUAAUCGAUUCGACUCCGAUUAACUUUACCCAUCGAUGUUCAAAAAUCGAUUAAGUUUAUUCAUCGAUAUUAAUUUAAGUUCCUCGCGAUUUUCCGAUCUUCUUCCGACUUUGCUUUUAUUAAUAUUUAUUGCUGACACUUUGCGAUAGUUCUGAUUCCUGUCAUUAGCGUGUGCCUCAUUUGUUAAUUGUGUAAGUAUCAAUUGAGUGAGAAUACGUCGCCUAUUGUUAAGGAAUCAAUGUUGGACGAGGUGUCGUCGCCGUGGCAGAAACUAGUGCAGUUUCCUUGCCCGGCGACCAACCGUCUCGUCGUGGGACGUGUGGUUUAAGCCAUCGUCGUGAAGUGCCAUUCCAUUGUUCUUCUUCUCUUCCUCUAGAGUAGCCAGAACUUACGACUACUCGAAUCAUACAAGUUAAGCUUACUUAUCCAUACUUUAAAUAACUGCAAUCCAGUGUGAGUCUUGUCAAUCUAGUUGUAGUUACCACAUUAUUGCACCUGUUAACUUUGUAGACUUUAGUACUUCAAUGCUGUUAUUAACUCAUUUAUGAAAUCGUAAAUGAGUACUGCUUUUUACUUACAUUUAAUUCAAAUUGAAUUACCUUAUCAUGACCAACUCUCUUAUGUAAUAUGUAUAAUGUACUUUUGUGACUAUUCACUAAUCAGUAACAGACAUGUUUAGUUCCGAUCGAGUAUUGAACAUGUUGAUAGAUCUAACUAUUUAAUAUAUCCUUCCUAGUUGUUGCUACAUCUACUUUUAUUUUAAUAUUAUUUCGUUUGUUUUGUAUCCCACACGUUUUAAUUAUUAUAAUUACAAUGUCUAAUGCUGUGCUUUUAAAUUAAGUGCGUCGUGGUAAUUUUGUUUUAUUUUUUUGUAUUUAUAUUGUACUAGUCAGUAAGUUUUAUGAGAAAAUAUAAACCUAGAUUACUAAAAUGUUUAAUCUUAUCCAUAGUUUCGAGAAUGUUGAUAAUAUUAAUCGAAAAUUAAAAUUAUAUCGUCGAUGUAUACACAGCAGUAUCAAAGUUGAAAUAUUGCAAAUAAAAUUAACUUUCUCACAGAUUUUAGUGUAUUUAUUAAAAAAUAAAAUAAAAAAUAAUAAAAUUAACAAGAAAGUGUCGUACAUCGUAAUUGGCAUUUCGUGUUUAUUUAGCUAUGUAAGUGUACGUUCCAAUUUGUUUGUUAUUUUAGUUAAAAGAAAAACCUAAUAAAUUAAUACUUUUUUUACUAAACUGCCAGUUAUUGUAGUCCUCGCAUUUAUGAAGUUAAAUCACAUUUCGUGUAAGGUUUUUGUAUGAUAUUUUUAAGCAGUUAUUAUUGAACUUGUUGAUUGUAAAUUGAAAUUAAUGUCGCCGGCUUACUACCAUAAUAUAUCUUUAAUCACAUAUUGUAAACUAGAUUUCUUUGAGAACAUCCUUGCUUUUGGCUUUAGGAUAUUUUUAAUCUUCAAAAAUGAAAUCCGUCAAGCCAUUUAAAUUACUUUUUCAUUUCUAUUGCAACCGGCGAUGUAUAUAAAAUUAAUGUUAAAAUCAGAUAAGUUUUUAGAAUGAACAACAAAUUCAUAUCAAUCUGUAAAGCUUCCUCCAACGCAUAGAAGUGUAUGUUGGGUCACGCAUAGCUGUAGUAACUUAUGUUUUUAGAUUUUUGAAAAAACUAGUCUACUAGUUACAACCUUAGUAUUACUAUCAUACCUCAAAACACAUUUUUUCUUCAAAUAAAAAUAUAAAUUAUAAAUAAAAAAACAAAUAUCUAAAACAAUUUUAAAUUGUGUAAUAAGUUCUAAAAAAAAUGUUUUAAUAUUUUGAUCUGUAAAUACUACUUAAUUUUAAAUUUAGUAGUGGCAACACCGAGGUACUGUGAAUUGUUUUAGGCAAGCGGAGAACUUAUUUGUAGGAACAAAAUAACUUCUUAUUGUACCUAUCUUAAGUAUUAAUAUUUACUUAUAACUAUAAGAAAAUAAAGAAUCAUCAGAA